UCUGAGAAAAGGAGGCGGGGCGGAGACGCUCAAGAAUCUCACAGACACCUCCGCGAUGACAUCCCCGGCCGGGAAGGGGCGCGGGACCCGGGGCCGCGCCUGGAGUGGGGAGGGAGCUGCCGCUUGGUCUUGGGCCCGCGGAGCGUGGGCGGCUUCCCGGAGGCCGCUAGACUCAGGAGGGGACCUCCCUGACAAGCAGUCCUCAUCGCCCUGCUCCCCAACAUGACCGGAGGGGGUGGCAGGAAGGUCGCCCGGUCGGGACGGCGCGAGGACCACCCCGGAACACGGCGGCAGAGGGAUGGGGGGCAGCGGGCCAAGAGGGUCGCGUGUCCCGUGGUUGCCAGAGUCAGGCGCACGGUUGAGGGGGGCCGUAGCUCCGCAACCCCAAAAUUCCCCGGGCUCCGGCCGCACGCAAGACCGCGCCCCUGCGCGCCCCGCCCCGCGCCUCCCGCCUGGCGCUCGCUCUAUAAAAGGGGGCGUCGGACGCCGGCGGGGACGCUCAGCUCAAGGCUCAGAACAGCAGAAUCGAGCAGCUGUCCCAGAAGGUGGCCCAGCAGCAGCGACACCUGGAGAAGCAGCGCUUGAAAAUCCAGAAUCUGCAGAGCCAGGUUGGCCUCCGGCCUCCCACGCACCUCGGCAAUGGGGUGUUGGAGCCUGCCCGAAGAAGGAGGCUCCCCAAGAUGAUCCGGCUUUUUGGCCUAGCUCCCAAUGCCACCCGCCUGCGCAGGCUGCCCCGGGACUGCCAGGAGCUCUUCAGGGAGGGUGAGCGGCAGAGCGGACUGUUCCAGAUCCAACCUCAGGGGUCCCCACCGUUCCUGGUCACCUGCCAGAUGGCCUCAGACGGAGGCUGGACGGUGAUUCAGAGGCGCCUGGACGGCUCGGUGGACUUCAAUCAGCCCUGGGAAGCCUACAAGGCGGGCUUCGGGGACCCCCGAGGCGAGUUCUGGCUGGGCCUGGAGAAGAUGCACCGCAUCGCGGGUGACCGCGGCGGCCGCCUGGCCGUGCAGUUGCGGGACUGGGAAGGCAACACGGAGUCGCUGCGCUUCCCGGCCCGCCUGGGCGGCGAGGACACCUCCUACAGCCUGCAGCUUGCGGCGCCCGUGGCCACUGAGCUGGGCGCCAACGCCUCCGCUGCGUCCAGCAGCCUCUCCCUGCCCUUCUCCACGUGGGACCAGGACCACGACCUGCGCGGGGACCUCAACUGUGCCAAGAGCCUCUCUGGCGGCUGGUGGUUUGGGACCUGCAGCCACUCCAACCUCAACGGCCAGUACUUCCACGCCAUGCCCCGGCAGCGGCAGCAGCGGAAAAAGGGGAUCUUCUGGAGGACCUGGCGGGGCCGCUACUACCCCCUGCGGGCCACCACCGUGCUGCUGCAGCCGGAGGCCGCCUAGCUCCUUGCCGGGGCCUAGGGGACAGUGACUUCGGCUGUGGCCCAAGGACGCGGCGGCGGGCCUCCGGGGCGCUGCCCGAGCCGCAGCAUCAGGCACCGGGAGGUCGGAGCGGGCGGGGCCGGAGCCGCAGGAGCAGGGCCCACGCCUCGGCCCGGGCGGUCGGGGCGCAGAUCCGGAGCGGGCGCGGGGCCACGGGGCGAGGAGGCUGCUUCUCGCCCGUCUGAGGCGCGGGGACGCAGAGGGACCAGGGGGACGGCCGGGCCGACCCUCGCCGCGGACUCUAGUCACAUGGACCGGCCAGGGCAGCCCUCACGGCGCGGUCCUGUGUGGUGCUGCCCCAAGCCCUGCCCAUGGCAGUGGCAGGGCGGAGCUCAGAUUUCGUGAAAUAAAAGCAACCUGGGAACGGUU